AUGGUCACCACACGCUCCUCAGCCGCAGCCCUGGCGCGCUCACGGUCAGGCACACCAGCUGCCCAGCCCGCAACAUCCCCCAACAGUGCUGCAGGGGGCCCCCCCAGCAUCAACCCGGCCACCAAGAAGCGCACCAUAGCCCACAUGAACAAGGACCAUGCAGAGGACAUGUCGGCCAUCCUACGGCACUACUCCCACCUGUCCGCCGCCGAGGCCGAGGGGGCAGAGAUGCUCGACCUCGACCUCACGUCCAUGUCCAUCCGCUCCGCCUCGGGCACCCACGCCGUCGCCAUCACCCCGCCCAUGGACAGCUGGGACGACCGCCGCGCAAAGCUGGUGGCCAUGACCACCGACGCGCGCAAGGCCCUGGGACUUGACAGCGAUGGCAAUGAGGCCGAGGCCGCUUCCCAUGCUGCCCCCGCCGCCGCCGAGGCCGAGCACAUCAGCCCCGGCCCCGGCCCCGGCCCCAGCGCGCCGCCCCCCUCCUCCCCGCGCUACGUCCCGCCGCAGGGGACAGACUGGAUCAGCCUCGCAGGCGUGUCCUUCUACUUCCUGUGCGCGGGCCUGGUCUACGGCGGCCUCGUGACGCCCGGGUCCCCCGCCUGGGCCGCCCUCGAGGCCGUCCGCUUCCCCCGCGGGCCCGUCGCCUUCAUCUGGCUCGUCGAGGUGCUCUUCCUGCCCGUGCUGGCCAUCCACGUCGCAGAGGCCUGGUACAUGCACCGCUCGCGCCUCGCGCCCGCCGCGGUGCCGUGCGGCUCGGCGGUCUGGCUGCUAUGGGUGGGGAAUGCCUUCCUCGAGGGCAUCCCGGCCUACAAGCGGUGGGACCGGACCGUCAAGGCAAAGGCCAGCUAG